AUGAAUGACAUCAUCCUACCAGAUGCGGCGUCUCCAGAGCAAAGCCGCCCCCAGGACACGUUCACACCCACUCAAGGUGUUCCCAAUGAAGCCGCGAGCACUCCAAUGAGCAUUGAAGAUGCGGUGGCCACAGAAGAAAGCCGCCUCCAGGACGCAUCUACACCCACUCAAGAUGUUCCUGAUGAAGCGGCGCGCACUUCGCGCAACAUCGAAGAUGCGGCGUCUCCAGAGGAAAGCAUCCCCCGAGACACGUUCACACCCACCCAAGAAGUUCCCGAUGAAGCAGCAAGCGCUGUCCGGAGCAGCGAAGACGCUGCGUAUCCAGAAGAAAGCCAUCCCCUGGACGCACCCGCACCCACUCAAGACAUUCCCGAUGAGGUAGUGCGCACUCCCUGGAGUGUUGAUGAGCGCCUUUUCAUCGAGUUGCAAGCCGGCUUUGCGCUCACCGCCGCCACCCUGCACAUCUGUACAGUACUCCCGCCGACAGGCCAGAGCUACUACUACGUCUUUCGCCGGUUCUUCAGGGACGCCCAACAACACACCUCCGAGACCACACCCGACCAGAACACAAAUGCAGUUCAGCGGAGCCAAGAAGAUUACCUGCUCAAACAACAGGAGCUGGUACACUGGGCGCUGAAUAAGACGGAUGAAUUGGCGCGGAAGGCGACGAAAACCGGAGAGUUCAUGAGGGGUAAGAUGUGGAUCAUCGAGCAGGCAGUCUUCGACGCGUAUCGCAAGAUCCGCGAAGACUACGGCCUCGAUUUGCCGAUCGAAGACCCGAGACAGACCAAGGAGAUUCGCGAAUUCCUGUAUCGGAUCGUUUGCGCAAGGUUCCCUAAGUCAUUAGGACAUAGUCCUACAAGCUCAGAUGCAGACGAGAACCACGCCGCUACGGCGAAUUCUGACGACGACAUGUAUGAAGGCUCAACCCUUAGCUCUCCGCCUGAAGACGAGUUUGAGAAUACAGAGAGCGCUUCGCCGGCGGAGGAAGACGCGCCAGUCACAGAGGAGACUACACGACGGACAAGGACGAGGGCCAGGAAGCCUAUCGCCCUCCCCGACGACAACAACGCACCCCCACCGGUCCGUCAGUCCGGUCGAAAAGUCCUUGUAACCGACAAAGCGAAAGAACCUCGGACAGGUACGAAACGCACCAGGCGGAGCACAGUGGUGGAAGAGGAGAAUGAAGAGGAGAAUGAGAAUGGAGAAGAAGACGUCGAGGAAGAGGAAGAAGAGGCCGAUGGUGGAGCGUCACCGAAGAAGCGCGCCAAGAAGGCCACCCAGAAGACCACUCAGAAGCCUGUAAAGCCGAAGACCAAGAAGGGCCACGGACCGAAUCGCAAGCUGAACGAUGCCUGGUCGCAAGCAGAGCGCGAGGUCAUCAUAGCGCUCUUCAACAAGAUCAUAGCCGAGAAGGGCCUGAUCUAUUGGGCGGAAAAUAUCAGUGCCCUCUUCUACGAAGCCACCGACGCGGUCAACGCACAUAGGGCCCUAGACAAGACGACAUAUCCAGGUGACCCUCGUGGGAUGGACGGUGUCCGCACUCAGGUCCACAAGAAGGCCGCUUAUAAGCGCAUCAAAGACCGAGCUGACGCGCUGAGGACUAGGAAGGCGGAUCCGAAGAAGACGGUGACAGAGGCAGAGCUGAAGCCUCGGGACGUGUUCAAGGUGACGGAUCUUGAGCCCGAUAGCGGCAAGAAAUGA